AUGGCUAAACAAUCAGAUGAUAAAGUAAAUACAAAUACCAUAUUGGACAAACUACAAGCAAAAGAGUGUCGAACAAAAAAUAGCAAUUCAGAUGUGUUGCCUGUAUCAAAGCCGACAGAUAAAGCCAAAACUCCUGUUAUAGAAAAGAAGGAUUUGGAAUUAUUAAAAAAAUUUGAUUUAAAUAUGGAUUUUGGACCGUGUACAGGUAUCACACGACUCGAAAGAUUUAAUAGAGCUAUGAAACACAGUUUAGAUCCUCCGUCACGUGUUCAAGAAUUGAUCGAUAUGUAUCCUAAUUCAAAAGAAGUAACACACUGGGGACCAGAACGAUCAGUGCCAUUUAAAACAGAUUCAUUAGCUCGAAUUAAUAAUGAUUCCUUAAUCAGUAAGUAAUCUGUAUCUGUGUUGUUCUGAUUUGUUUUAUACAUGCGCAUAUAUUAAAAAGAAGGUACAGUCCUGGUUUUUGAACGGUUAAAUUGUUUGUUAAACUAGUCAUUAUAGUAAAAAGAAUAAGAAAGAUAGUUUUCAUUUUUUCGUACAGUU